GCGUUGGGAAAUCGACUAUAGCAGUAAACCUUGCCUAUACAUUAGCUGAUAUGGGUGCUAGAGUUGGCAUAUUUGAUGCUGAUGUUUAUGGUCCAAGUCUGCCAACAAUGGUCUCUCCUGAGAAUCGUUUGCUACAAAUGAGCCCAGAAAAUAAAACCCUACUUCCAGCAGAAUACUUGGGCGUCAAAUUAGUUUCUUUUGGUUUUGUUGGACAAGGGCGUGCAAUAAUGCGUGGUCCUAUGGUUUCAGGGGUCAUCAAUCAACUACUUACUACUGCUGAAUGGGGAGAGCUGGAUUACCUUGUUAUUGAUAUGCCUCCUGGAACUGGUGACAUUCAGCUUACUUUGUGCCAGGUAGCUCCAUUAACUGCAGCAGUAAUUGUCACUACACCCCAGAAGCUAGCAUUUAUCGAUGUGGCCAAAGGAGUUCGCAUGUUUUCAAAACUUAAGGUCCCGUGUGUUGCUGUAGUUGAAAACAUGUGCUAUUUUGAUGCUGAUGGAAAGCGUUAUUACCCUUUUGGAAAGGGCUCUGGGGCUCAGGUUGUACAGCAGUUCGGAAUUCCUCAUCUCUUUGAUCUUCCCAUUCGGCCAACG